AAAGUUUGUGAACCACCAAAGUAAAGCAAAGAUGUCUAUGACCUCUACCGAGCCAAGCAGCAGAGAUGGUUGCUUCAUGGUCCGUGACAAUGCCCUUCUGACACGUGUCCCGGCCAACAUCACCGUCACUCCGGCCACUGAUAAAUCAGCUUUCAUCGGAGCCACCUCUGAAGACCGUAGCUCUCGCCAUGUUUUCCCUCUCGGACUUCUUGAGGGAUACAAGUUUAUGUGCCUGUUCAGAUUCAAAAUCUGGUGGAUGAUACCGAGUUUUGGGGAUUCUGGAUGUGAUGUUCCGGCAGAGACUCAAAUGCUUCUCUUGGAAGCAACGCAAACGUCGAGUAGUAGUAGUAUUCCCGACAAGAGGAGCCAACAAGUGCUGAGAACAAAAGCACUUUCUACAUUCUGCUAUUGCCAGUCUUGGAUGGAGCAUUCAGGGCUACUUUGCAAGGCAACACUGUUAAUGAGCUUGAGUUUUGCGUUGAAAGCGGUCCGGUUUUACUUUGAUUUUGUGGGACCGUGAAGUUCAAACCUCACGAGUAACUGAAGCAGUAUUUGUGAAUUCAGGAGAUGACCCAUAUAAGCUCAUUAGGGACUCUAUUAAGAUUCUUGCCAAGCACAAAGGUACAUUCAAUCAUUUAGAAGACAAGAAGGUAAUUACAUUGGGCCAGAUAUAUAUUAUCAAUUUCAUGAAUAACCAUGCAAGCUGAAUAGCUUGCUAAUAAACUUAUUGUUCUUUAAAUAAUAGC